AUGGCGAAAGAGAAACAAGAGGCGGCCUCUAUCAACACCUCCACGGCGAUUGACUACAGCCCCAAGUCGACCGGCGAGAAAACCCAAAAUUCAGACACUGAGAACAGUGAAGAGAUCCGCCAGCGCAUCCUUGCAGAACAGGUCCUCGGUAAUCCAAAGCGACCCGAGACCAAUAUUGCAAGUCUUUGGCGGCGCCAAAGAGGAAACCACAAGCCAGAGGAUAUUGCCACUCAGCCUUCAGUUUUCGAUGAUCCAGAGCUCGCCAAGUACUUCCAACCGAGUGAAAAAUAUGAGAACCGUCAUCGAUUUGAUCCAUCUUUCCGAUGGACCUGGGCCGAAGAGAUACCUCUUGUUCGGAGAAUAGAUUGGAAGGUCACAGCCUGGUCCUGCCUUGCGUUCUUCGCUCUUGACCUGGACCGAAGUAAUAUCAGCCAGGCCAAUACGGACAAUUUCCUUGACGACCUGGGAUUGGACACCAACGAUUACAAUCUCGGCCAGACUGUCUUUCGAAUAUCCUUUUUGCUGGCUGAGCUUCCAAGCCAGCUUGUUAGCAAAAAAAUAGGACCUGAUCGGUGGAUUCCAGCCCAGAUGAUCCUGUGGAGCAUCGUCAGUGGGGGACAGUUUUGGCUGAAAGGCCGCUCCUCGUUUCUUGCCACGAGAGCUCUUAUUGGCCUGCUUCAAGGCGGAUUUAUCCCCGAUGUGAUCUUGUACAUGUCUUAUUUCUUCAAGGGAACAGAGCUGCCCUUCCGCCUCGCGCUAUUCUGGAUGGCAAAUCGGCUGACCGACGUGGUCGCACCGCUGUUGGCGUACGGGCUCUUACGGCUGAGGGGAUAUCACGGAUAUGAAGGAUGGCGAUGGCUGUUCCUUUUGGAGGGCAUACUCACUUUCGUGAUCGGCGUAUGGUCAGUAUUUGCAAUGGCCCCAUCCCCAACUCAAACCAGAGCGCUAUGGCGUCCAAAGGGGUGGUUUACAGAGCGAGAAGAAAAGAUCAUGGUGAACCGGAUUCUCCGCGACGAUCCUUCGAAGAGCGACAUGCACAACCGUCAAGCCAUCACACUGAAGCUUCUCUGGGAGUCCCUCUGUGACUAUGACCUGUGGCCUAUAUAUAUUAUAGGCUUGACAUUCUCCAUACCGGCAGGGCCCCCGGAUCAAUAUUUGACCUUGACUCUUCGACAACUCGGAUUUGAUACAUUCGAGUCCAAUUUGCUGAGUAUUCCUUGUCAAGUUGCCACGACCGCCAAUAUGCUUCUCCUCACGUUCAUUUCAGAGCGGAUAAAUCAACGUGCUCUGCUUGGAAUCUUUGUCGAAAUAUGGUUCCUCCCCUGCGUCAUCGCCCUUGCGCUACUCCCAUCCGGCAUCAACAGAUGGGCGGCCUAUGCCGUAGUGACUGUCUUGUUGUCUUAUCCAUCACCACACCCAAUGCAAGUUGGAUGGUGCAGUCGAAACUCCAAUACCGUGCGCACCCGAACUGUCUCAGCAGCAGUGUACAACAUGCUUGUUCAAGUGCAGUCCAUCAUUAGCUCCAACAUUUACCGUAAGGACGAUCGACCAGAGUAUCGACGCGGAAACCGCGUUUUGAUUGGCAUCGCCGCUAUGAAUAUUGUGGUUUAUGCGAGUGUCAAGCUGUACUAUGUGUGGCGCAAUAAGUCUCGGGACAGAGUGUGGAACGUCAUGUCAACCGAGGAGAGGCAGACGUAUCUAGAUACCACGACAGACAAAGGAAGUAAAAGGUUGGAUUUCAGGUUUGCAAGCUGA